GUUGUAAAGUUAUAAACUUGAAAUUUUUUCUGGCAAAUUAUUUCAACUUAAAAAAAAUACAAUUGAAAAUAAAUGUGUUUUCUCAAUUUAAAAUUUCCCCGGUGCUAAUGAAAUGAACAAUAGAGAUGCAAUAUACAAGAAAACAAAACAGAAAAACAAUAUUAUGGAAUGGUAUCGAUGGUGCAGAUUGUGUGAUCAACAAUUUUGACGAUAUGCCGAAAAAUAUAUGCCUUGUUUGUAAUGAAUUUCUUAAAUCUUUGCAAAGUUUCUCGGAAAAGGCGAGGAAAGUUGAAGAAAUGCUUUUGGAAAUUGAUUUUAACUGUAAAAAUGGGCAAAAAAUAGAAACAUAUGAUAUGAGAAUUAAGUAUGGUUUUGAAAGCAUUGAUAAAAAAGGAAACAAUCAGUAUGAGGGUUAUAGAAAUGCUAAUUAUUCGAAAAUUUCAAAUAAAGUGAACAUUACGUUUCGAAAAAUUAAGCUAAGACAUACAAUUGAUAAUACUUUUAAUAAUAAUGGACAAUUUACAACGAAAAAUGAUGAAAACUUGUUUUUUGAUGAUAUUGAAAAGCUGCAAUGUAACGAAAACAGGCACUGCGCUCUAAAUCAAAAUAACUCAGAGGAUAAAAUAUCCAAUAUUUCGGUAGAAGAUGAAGUAAAGCAGGAACUAAAUGAUUUUGAUCAAUUUGAUAGUUCUGAAAUGAAUUUGACUUCAAAGUUAAGAAAACAAACAAAAAAAAUUUUCAAUGAAAUAGAGAAAAAAGUUGAAUGUGAAGAAUGCCACAUGAAAUUUGUCAGAGAAUCAAACUAUGCAUAUCACUUAAAAAAAGCACAUAACGUUGUUAAACCAAUUUUGCCUUGUAAUAUUUGUGGUAAAGUUUGUAAGACAAAACAAAAAUUAAAGUUCCACAUGGAAUUACAUCUACCUCCCGAAGAACGUGAAAAACUGCUUUUCAAAUGUCCGGAGUGCCCACAAAAAUUUACCCAAAAUGGGGCUAUGCGUUCUCAUGUUAGAGCACAACAUCACUUUGAAAAGCCUUUUAUCUGCGAACAAUGCGGGAAGAAAUUUUCUUCCCAAACAAAUUUAUGGUCUCAUAGAAGAUCGCAUGAUGACAAAAAUCAUUUAACGUGUCCCAAAUGCCCAAAAGUUUUUAAAAAUAAAUUUAGGUUAAGGGUACAUAUGCGAGGUCAUAAUGAUUCCUGUCACCCAUGUUCCAUAUGUGGCUUAAUAUUAAAAACAAUGAACACAUUAAAAAAUCAUAUGUUAGUACAUUCGGAUGCAAAACCAUUUAAAUGCAACUUUUGUGGAAAAGAUUUUAAACGAGACAAAAAUUUGCAAAAUCACAUGAUUACGCAUAGUGGACUGAGGCCAUUUAUAUGUAGAUUUUGUGGUCAAUCAUAUGCAAAUCGUUCAAAUUGUAAGAAGCACGAAAAACAUUCACAUCCGAAAGAAUACGAAGAUGCAGCUUCACUUACAUGUUCGGAGCCACAACAAAAGGUUGUAAAAAAACUGCCAAAUAUUCAACAGUUAGAAGCAAUGCUGGAACAAAUCAAAUCAGAUAAAAUUAAUGUUGGCGAUGAAUAAAUUUUACUCAGAAACGUUAAAAUAUAUGUACAUACAUACAUGCAUUUAAUAUUUAUUUAUUUGCAAUAUGUUUGAAGGUACUAUACAACGAAAUAAAUGUCAUCAUCCGUUAAUUAGUCUCUAAUUCUAUGUUGCCGUUAUGAGCUUUAUUGUAAAAUGCAUAUCCUUAUAAUUUUGAAGUUGUCUGAGAAGUAUUUUUUACUGAGUUACAUGAGAAUAUGGAAUCCUCACAUUCAUAACUUUUUAUUACCUUGCAAAAUAUUACAUUUUAGCAAUUUUGUUAUUUGAAAACAC